AUGGGCAUGAAACACUCGUCCCGCUGCCUGCUCCUCCGGAGGAAAAUGGCGGAGAACGCCAGCGAGAACGCCGAGGUGUACAGCGGGCCCCCCAAACCUCUCCUGCCUGUCGCCAUGCCGAAUCCUGCCCUGCCUGCUGUUCAAACCCCUUUGGCGCCAAGCUGUCCCGGCCGAGGCAAGAUGGCAAAGCUCCUGAAUCCAGAAGAAAUGACCUCGAGGGAUUAUUACUUUGAUUCGUACGCUCACUUUGGAAUCCAUGAGGAAAUGCUGAAGGACGAGGUGCGCACCUUAACCUACCGAAACUCCAUGUAUCACAAUAAGCACGUCUUCAAGGAGAAGGUGGUGCUGGACGUGGGAAGCGGCACCGGCAUCCUUUCCAUGUUCGCUGCCAAGGCCGGAGCCAAGAAGGUCUACGGGAUUGAAUGUUCCAGUAUAUCCGACUACUCUGAAAAGAUCAUCAAGUCCAACCACUUGGAUCAGAUCAUCACCAUCUUCAAGGGCAAAGUGGAAGAAAUCGAGCUGCCGGUGGACCAGGUCGAUAUCAUAAUCAGCGAGUGGAUGGGCUACUCGCUUUUCUACGAGUCCAUGCUGAACACGGUCAUCUUCGCUCGGGACAAGUGGCUGAAAUCUGGAGGGCUUAUGUUUCCGGACCGGGCGGCUUUAUACAUGGUGGCCAUUGAAGAUCGGCAAUACAAGGACUUCAAAAUCCAUUGGUGGGAGAACGUCUACGGCUUCGACAUGACCUGCAUCCGGGACGUUGCCAGGAGGGAGCCGUUGGUGGACAUUGUUGACCCAAAGCAAGUGGUGACCAAUGCUUGUUUAAUAAAGGACGUGGAUCUUUACACCGUAAAGCCAGAAGAACUGGCCUUCACCUCUGCGUUUUGCCUCCAGAUUCAACGCAACGACUACAUCCAUGCCUUGGUCACCUAUUUUAAUAUAGAAUUUACGAAGUGCCAUAAGAAAAUUGGGUUUUCUACAGCUCCAGAUGCGCCUUACACACACUGGAAGCAGACGGUCUUCUACCUGGAGGAUUAUCUAACCGUCCGAAGAGGGGAAGAAAUCUAUGGAACCAUAUCCAUGAAACCGAAUGAAAAAAACGAGCGCGAUCUGGAUUUUACAGUUGACUUGGAUUUUAAAGGGCAGCUUUGCGAAGCCUCCGUGUCUAAUGACUAUAAGAUGCGCUAA